AUGCCUUUCAUCGCCACUGUCAACAAUCAUACACUUCACUAUACCGAUAUCAAAGCCAGCCCAGGGCACGCAAAUUCAUGUGCUCCGGUGAUUCUUAUGAUUCACGGAUUGGGAUCGACGCAAAAUUGCUUCAUUCCUCUUCUCCCCUGGCUUGCAGCAUUCCGCUGCAUUCUUUUCGACCUUUAUGGUUCAGGGCGUUCGGGAUUUGACCUUGAGCCCCAACCCGAGCCUUCGGUCGCGUGCCUUAGCGCAGAUGCUUUCGACCUCUUAGAUAAGCUUGGUGUCCAACAGCAAGCAAUCCUUGUCGCACACUCGAUGGGAGGGAUCAUUGCUUCACACAUGGCGUCGACAUCACCUACCAGGAUCUUGGCGGUGGUGUCUGUGAGCCAGAUUCACCCUGAUGAGGCCUUGGCAACCAUGUGUCGAGAGCGGGCUCAACUGCUUCGUAACAGGGAUGACGGCUUAGAGGACUUGGCAAACCGACUGCCUACAACGAGCACCGGCGGUCACAGCAAUAAUGUGCAAAAGGCAUUUAUCCGGGAGUUGCUUCUUGCGCAACGAAAGGAAGCGUACAUUUAUUAUUGCAACCUCAUCCAAGGUGCCAGUGCUCCGGACUACGAGAGUCUAGCCCAGCCGUUUCUUAUGAUAGUCGGCGAAAGCGACAAUCCUCGGACGCUGGCUGGGUGCAAAUCCGUGUUUGAGAGGAUAAGGAGUGUAGUCAAGGACAUGGCGAUUCUGCAAAAUGUUGGCCACUGGCCUACGAUCGAGGCGUCCGACCAAGUUGGUGAACUGAUCCGUGACUUUUGCACCCAGAGACUCCCGCCCGUCGACAACCGAGACUAG